CUGUGGAAAGUAGGCGUUUCGUUACAGAGUAAAAACAUCUUUGCACCAUAUUCUCGAUGAGAGGGGAGACUGGCGUUUGUCUCACCACUUGUGCUCAACUCUAUCCAUAAUGAUUGCAUGUUUUGUACAUUAAAUGAUCAUUUUAUAUCGAUAUUGGAUACCAAUCACAGCAUAAAUGAUGUCCUCAUCGCCGACCCCCUCGUCGUCGGGCGCUCUUCAUGAGGAGGCCAUGUAUGCCACGGACGAGAUGACAUCGACCUCCAGUUCUGGUCAAUAUAUGCAUCACUUGACAUCAAAUACAGUCGACCAGAACGUGGUUUCGUCGACACAACACAAUCAAAGCCAUAACCAUAAUAGUCAUCAACAGCCAUUCAAACAUAUGUUGGCCCAGAAAUAUGCGGCCGAAUCGACGUCCGAACAGUCAUCGGCCGGCAGUUCAUCGGAAACGGGACAACAAUUGCACCACAAUUUGCAACAGUUUUACGCGUAUUCGCCGCUCGUUAGCAGUAGUUGUAGUGGACAUCACUUCGAGGCCAAUAUGUUGGACACGAAUAACGUGCAGAACGAUGUCAUUCACGUCGAGUCGACCAGUGGUCAGCUGGACAGCGAAGACUCGCAGCUCAUGCAAAACAGUGUAUUUCACGACAACGUGAUCGAGAGUCUUAUCAAACAAGAGCAACAGCAACAGCAGACCUCAACGUUAGUAACUUCUACCUCGACGGCCAAUAUGUGUCGACAGGACAUGAUAUUUGACUGCAAUAGCGAAGCGGUUGACUCGACGACCAGCGCUGGACACCAAAUGAGUUACAUUCAGCCGAUGCACACAUAUCAGGAACAGUCUAUCGAUAAGAUAGCCAUUCAGUCAUUAGUAUCGAUGCAAACAGAUUCUCAUCAAUUAAUGCAAACUCAUUAUUUGCAUCAAAACGCAGACAAUUCAAUGCCUAUAUUACAGCCACAGACUGUUGAACAAUGCGUUCAGCAGCCGAUGGAGGAGGCGGUGGUCGCUCAGCACAACCCCAACCCAUUGCCCAUUGAGAUGGAUAUACCUCAGGAACAUGUCAUCAAUGAUCUCCCAGUUCUUAGUAGAGCCAGAGCUUCACUGCCCGCUGAAUACCUAUACAUCGAAGAGCCGGACAAUUCUGCCACCGUUUUCGGUGUGUUCGCCAAAAAGACAAUACCGAAGAGGACUCAAUUCGGUCCCGUCGAGGGUGUCAUUGCGGUGGUCGCUCAGCAUAACCCCAACCCAUUGCCCAUUGAGAUGGAUAUACCUCAGGAACAUGUCAUCAGUGAUCUCCCAGUUCUUAGUAGAGCCAGAGCUUCACUGCCCGCUGAAUAUCUAUACAUCGAAGAGCCGGACAAUUCUGCCACCGUUUUCGGUGUGUUCGCCAAAAAGACAAUACCGAAGAGGACUCAAUUCGGUCCCGUCGAGGGUGUCAUUGUUGGACACAAUCACUCCAAUGUUCACAACUUAAACCACAACCUAAUGAUCUUCAUAACAGAGGAUUUGAUUUUAGAUCAAAGUGACGAAAAUCAGUCAAAUUGGAUGAAAUUUGUUCGUUCGGCCAAUACUUAUGAGGAACAGAAUCUGUCGCUAAUCGCUAAGGAAAAUGUGUCGGCAAAUGAAAUCGAAAUCAAAUUCUUUUUCUUAACCACAAGAGCUAUAUAUGCGAGAGAAGAGCUUAAAGUGUGGUACUCUCGAGAAUACGCCGACAAAUACAAUCUGAAAGCCUUAGAGGGACCGCUCAUUAUAGCCGAUACCGAUGAACAAAGCGUCGCCGAAGCUAUCGUACAGAAAAGCACUCCAAACCCGAUCGAUAUCCUGACCACCGGUGGACACAAACUUAGAAACAAAAUCGCCAAAACACUACAACAGCAACAACUCCAACAACAACAGCAACAAACGCUAGACACACAACAAAGCAGUAGUCAGACCGAUGCUAACGGGUCUUCUGGUCAGCCGAAGGACACUACAGCUCCGCCCAAAUACCAGUGCGAGACGUGUCAGAAGAUAUUUCCCCGCUUUUAUAGCCUACGAAGGCAUCAGAUCAUGCAUUCAGGAGAGAAGAAAUAUAAGUGUCCCGUCUGUGGCAUGUCUUUCAGUCACGUGUAUAACCGGAACCGUCACGCGAAGAAACACCAGAAAGCGGUCACUAAUAAAAAAAGUAAAGCCAUUGGCCUGUGCUAUCUGUCAGAAGAGAUUUCUCAACAAUUCUGCCCUUUCGUGUCACUUGAAAAUCCACAGGGAUUUGACGAGUUUUCAGCGGUUAGAAAACAUAUCCGAGCUUUUCAUUCAGACAAACAAUACCCGUGCACUCAAUGCGAGAAAGUCUUUCCACGACCUGACAAAUUGAAGUUACAUAUGUUAAGACACAGCGAUCACCGCGAGUUCCUGUGCGCCAAUUGUGGCAAACAAUUCAAGCGUAAAGACAAACUCAAAGAACACAUGCAGAGAAUGCAUGCGCCCGACAGAGAGGCCAAACUCGCCGCAAAACAAGCGGCAAAACAAGCACAACAGUUGAGUCAACAGCACAAGAAGUUUAUACCGAAAGUAUCGCCAACUGAUUACCACAGAUUCAUAUAUAAAUGUCACACAUGUUUGCUCGGGUUUAAACGCCGGGGAAUGCUUGUCAACCAUUUGGCUAAAAGACAUCCAGAUAUACCGCCCGAUACCGUACCGGAGCUCAAUCUACCCAUACUUAAGACAACACGUGAUUAUUACUGUCAAUAUUGUGACAAAGUAUAUAAAUCGAGUUCCAAAAGGAAAGCUCAUAUAAUGAAGAACCAUCCGGGAAAAUCGCUGCCACUGUCUAACCGACAUAAGGGAGGUAUACCAGUGAUACCGGGGAUCCCAAACCCCACGUACAGCGCAACU